AUGCAUGUAGAUCCCCAAUUAGCCAGAAUCGAAGAAGAAGAAAUCGAAAGAGAUGGAACACAUCCACCAGAUAGACAACUAUUCGAAUCGGAAUUGGAACAUUAUCAUAGGAAGAUUAAUGCGAUCAGGGAACAAGUGAGUUUUUUUUGAAAAUACUCCAAAGGAAAUUUCAAUAAAUAAAAUUUGUUUUGCAGAUUCAACAAAAAUCAACGUGGUGUAGUCAAUUGAAUCAGAAACGAGCUGAAUUUCAAGAAGCCAAUCAGAAAAAUUCAAAAGAGUUUAAUGAAAGCAAAAUUGCUUAUGAAGACGUCAAAAAACAAAUUGAAGCCAAAGUAACUUCACAGAAUCUAAUUCAGUACUAGUGAACUGUUCCUAAAUAUAUUUUUCAGAAAAAACAACAACUUGAUCUCGAAAAUGAUUGUCGUAUACGAAACAAAGCUAAAUUGAUGGAAGUUCUUGCCGGUCAUGAAAAACGAUAUAAUUCUGCAAAUAUGACUGCGAGAAACGAGUCAAUCCUCAUUUCUGAAAUUGAUGGUCUCAAAAGGAAUUUGAUAAAAUUAGAGUAAGUUUUUUUUAAAAUAUUAAAAGAGCUUCAUUCAAAAAAGAAGAAAUAUUUAAGGAAACUUGAAACAUUGAAAGCUGAGUUGUCGGCAUUGGAAUUUGAACGUAAUGAACAUCGUGAGAAAAAAGAGAAAUGUUGGAGAAAGUUCAAUGAAUUGAAAAGUAUCAAAAUUGAAAGAAAAGAAAAGGAACGAGAGAUUGAAUUUGAUAAAGUUGAAUUAGAAAGAGUUUGUGCUGAUCGACGAAAACUUAUUGAAGAUUACAACAACAAUCGGGAUAAUUACAAACAAUGGUUGACUAAUUCGAAUCAUUCAAGUGUACCAUCAACUUUUCCAAUUGCUAAAAAGACAAGUAAGUUUGAAAUUUAAAAAAAUACAAUUUCGAUGAGUUUGAUGUUUACUAUCUAGUAACUGGUCAAUUGUUCAUCAUUCAUUUUUUUUUCAAAUUUCAGAAGCGAUCCUCGUUGAUGAAGAGUUGGAACCGUUCUAUGAAAUCAAAAGAGAUUGCACACGUCUUCUCAACUACCUGGAGAAUCUCAAAACAUCAACUCAACUUGAAGAUUCAAAAGCUGAAACAUCAAAUGAAAAAAUGGAUACAGAUGAUGAUUCUGCAGAUGAACUUCCACCUCAUCUUGUCAAAAAUAGAUGUGAAAAAAGUUGUCCAGUUCGAAGAAAUUUGAAAAAAUCAACACAACCGAUCUCGCAUAAUAUAGAUAUUUAUAAAUUAUUUGGUGCUAUCGAAGUGAGUGUCCCUCAACAUUAUUCCGAUGUUCCUGAUGCAAUUCAAGCUGUCAAAGAAAAAUUGGAGUUUUAUAAAAAUCAAACUAUUCAUGAGUUUGAUUGGGCUGAUGAGAUGAAACUUGGUGAGCGUUUUUUUCUUCUUACAUAUUUUAAAGUUUUUUUUCGAAAGUAAAUUAAUUUUUUAUAGAUCUCUUGUCUAUAUCUCGCACAACUAGUGAAUUCGAUUCAGCGUGCUUUGAUGAUUCGGUAUCAGAUUUCGGAAGUAUAUCGAGUUCCAGACGAGUUUCCAGUCGACAAAGUGUUCAAUCACCAAUCCUAUAG